GUGUGGAAGCGGAGGAUGAACAGACUGCGAGUCUGAAUGCUUGGUUAAAUGUUUUAUUAGGUCUGCUCGGCCUAAACAAUUUUUUGUUGUAUAUAGUAAACGCUCAUUUACAAAGCAAAGAUGGAGCGAGGACUAGAGAUGUCAGCAAUGAUUCCUGCAUUGCAAGAACUAGCCAGUGCUAGUUCGGUUGAGUACAAGCAGGCUGUGCAGAAACCUCGCCAGAUACUGUGUCAGUUCAUUGACAGGAUACUGACAGAUGUUGACGUCGUUGCUCUGGAGUUAUGUAAGAAGACCAGUUCUGAGCCAGCGUGUGUGAUGCUGCUGGACUUUGUGCAGCACAUUAUUAAAUCCUCUUCUUUAAUGUUCGUAAACCCAGCGUGUCUUUCAGAUCACUUCAAAAACUCAGAGAACAGCUGCUCUGAUUUCAGUAAAUGGAUCAUCAACCGCUUCUUGCGAAUUGCUGCUUGCCCAGAAUGUGAAGAUCUUCACAUAAAGAUUUCAUCAGUCAUCUGUUCCUUGCUUCAUCUUUUCAGAGCCAAGGGCUCAGUCCUUUUUGGCCUUUUUUCCACAGAGCUAAUAUGUUUAAUGCAAGAUCUAGUGCAUAUGAAUCUCAUGGUCAGACCAUCACCACAGUGGCCAGUUGUGGUGGAACGUUUCUCCGUCAGGUCUGGAGAUUCUGCCGUUUACCUGACCCCCACCAUCCUUAAUCUGUCCUCAUAUGCCUCAGCUCAGGCGUUGUUAGUAACUUCAUUAACCGUGCUGACAGAUAUUUUGCAAGGCCUUUUCUUCCCAAGGGAAGUGGCCAUCAUAUGGGACUGUACUUGCCUUAUGCUGUCUCAUGGGAGCCCAAAACUCAAGGCAGCAUCCAUGGUGCUUUUAACUCGCAUUGUGACUCUGGGAGGUUUCCCUGAAGACCAUUCACAGCCAUUUUUCUCUGCUUAUUUGCAUCUCCUGGACUCCUUGCCUACUUUUGAGGAGUCAGAGCUCAGUGUCUUUGGCACGGAAUUCCAGAAGCUCUCCCAAUGUGUUUUCCAGCCCGAGGAAGGCACUCACUGCAGGUUUGAGAGAGUUCAUGUGAAUAUGCUGAUGGAAAGGCUUGAGAAACUGGUGGUUGGUGGGGCACUAGAGCAGUUGAAGGUAAUGGAGGUGAAAGCAACACUUUGUGAAGUCUUCUGCUUUGUCCUUGAGUUUGUUCCUCUCGGAUAUGAGUGUGCGGUGCAGAUCCGGAAGGAGAGAGUCGCAGCCAUUUGCAAAUCUCUGAUUAAGACCAUUGGAACACAGGGCCUGCAGGAGCAAAGCGUGGAAGGCUACCUGUACGCUGCCCUCAAGACAGAAGCUAUUGCUGCAGUGCAGGAUAUGCAGGCCGGUGUUUCUGACCUUGCUGAUCCUAGUAUGUAUGAAGAGGAGGUUCCAGCCAAACGCCCAAACCUCUCUCUUCCAACCCAGCUAAGGAGUGGGGAAAAAACUCAGCCAAUGCAGGUGGACAUGAAGAGCAGAAGUGAGGUGUGGGCAGCUGUAGAGAGCCGACUGGAUGAGUUACUGACCCAGAUGAGGGACCACACGGUGAGCACCGUGCAGGGACUGGCGCUCAUCUUCCAUCUGACUGCACUUUGCUCAAAGCACUGUCUAAGUGGAUCACAGAGUGGCAGAGGAGAGAUGACAUCAGAGGCUUCAGAUGCGGCUCAGCUCAUUUGGUUAAAGCCUCGGGUUUUGGCUCAGGUAGUCGAGAGCUGCCGCUCUGUGAUGGCAAACACCUCUAAUGAAGAAGAGCUGGAGCCUCUGGUGGAGGGUACCAUCAGGAUACUUGAUGCUGUCCUCUACCUUAACACUAAUAGUCAUGGUGACACAGGUUUUUACAGGAAUAUUUGUGCUCUGCUCUCAAUCCCAUGGGUGCUUGAGCAUUCUUCACAAGCGGUUUAUCAGAUGACCUCUUUUCCUGCAAGUCUGAUCGCACUCUCCCAGAAACUUGCUCCUGUCUACUCUGCACAAACUCAAGCGCACUGUGUGUUUCUACUUGCCCUGCUGUCGAAGAGUGUGUGCAGUGACUGGCGGUCGUCGGUUUACCGCUGGGCCCUGCAAAGUAACAGUGAAUCUGAGCGGGCCAGUGCUGUCAGAGGCUUCCCCCUUCUGCUGCACAAUCUAGGAGUCAAAUCCUAUAGCCUCAUCCACGAGGUCCUUCUGAACAGACUCCAGGACAGCUCAACAGAAGUCAAAAUCGAGCUGGCCGGUAUUACAGGGCAGUUGGCUUGCUGUUUGUCUGAGAGCUCACAACUGCAGUUCCCUCAGGAUACGAUGCCAUCCCAUGAGCUGCUCUGUGCUGGUCUCAGCAUUUCCGACUCCCACCCAAGCCAGACUUCCUCCAUCGGAGCCUCCAUCCUCACCCCAUUCCUUCUGCUGCUCAAAUCUGUGGAGGACAAGAAGGUCAAGCAAGCUUUUAUCAGGAAUAUACGGCACUUGUUCAAACAUGUGGAUCUGGGUAACAGUGACCCUGACACAAAAUCUCUGGUUAGCGCAUUAGUCAACCUCAUUGAAGACCCUGACCAGGACGUCCGCAUAAAGUUUGGCCUUAAUAUCAAGAAUCUUCUAGAGUUUUGGAAUGGAAAUGGCUUCCUAAAAGAGCUUCUUGUGUCCAGACUAAAAGAAGCUUACACAAAUGCAAAGACCUCAAGAAACAAUGAACUCAAAAACACACUCAUACUAACCACUGGAGAAAUUGGGAGAGCUGCUGAAGGGAACCUGGUGUCUUUUGCUCUGCUUCGUCUUCUGCACUGCUUGCUGUCCAAGUCUAAUCCUGUGUCGGUAGCAGCCUACACCGAGAUCCAGGCUUUGGCCACCUGUAGACACCUCAAACUGCAGUCCUUCUUCAACCAGUACAGGAACCCAAUUUGCCAGUUCUUGGUGGAGUCUUUGCAUUCACGUCAUGUGACGGCUCUGCGCUGCACGCCAGAUCAGAGCAGCGAGGCUCUGCAGGAGGAGGCGGCCCAUCAGAGAGAGCUGGCACUGGACAUCCUGUCUCAUGUGGCACAUGUCUUUGAUUUCCCUGACCUUAAUCGUUUUCUCAAUCGGACACUACAGGUCCUUCUUCCCUUCUUGGCAGCCAAGGCCAGUCCUACAGCUUCUGCCCUGAUCCGCACUAUUGCCAAGCAACUGAAUGUCAACCGCAGAGAAAUGCUCAUCAAUAACUUCAAAUAUAUUUUCUCCCAUCUUGUGUGUUCCUGUACCAAGGAGGAGCUGGAGAGAGCCUUUCACUACCUUAAGAAUGAGACAGAAAUUGAAUUGGGCAGUCUGCUGAGACAGGAUUUCCAGGGUCUUCAUAAUGAGCUGCUCUUGCGUCUAGGAGAACACUACCAGCAGGUCUUUAAUGGACUUGCUAUUCUAGUUUCUUUUGCCUCCAGUGACGACCCCUACCAGGGCCCAAGAGAAAUCACCACCCCAGGAUGCAUGGCAGAUUAUCUGCAGCCCAAGCUCCUAGGCAUUCUGGCUUUCUUCAACAUGCAGCUGCUGAGCUCUAGUGCUGGAGAGAAGGAGAAAAAGAAAAUGGCUCUGAACAGUUUAAUGGCCCUGAUGAAGCUAAUGGGUCCAAAGCACAUCAGCUCAGUCCGAGUGAAGAUGAUGACCACACUCAGAACUGGCCUGAGGUACAAGGACGACUUCCCAGAGCUCUGCUGCAGGACAUGGGACUGUUUUGUGCGCUGUCUUGACCCGUCUUACCUGGGUCCGCUUCUGAGUCACGUAAUCGUUGCUCUAUUACCUCUCAUCUCCAUUCAACCUAAAGAGACGGCAGUGAUCAUGCAGUACCUCAUAGUGGAGAACAGGGAGGAAGUGCAAGACUUUCUUCAUGAAAUCUACUUCCUUCCUGACCACCCAGAACUGAAAACCAUUCACAAGAUCCUUCAAGAUUACCGUAAGCAAACCUCAAAGAGCACUGACAUGCAGGCAGUGCUGCAGCUCUCCAUGCGGGCCAUCCAGCAUGAGAAUGUGGACGUACGCAUCCAUGCGCUCACCAGCUUGAAGGAGAUGAUGUAUAAAAAACAGGAUGCUCUGUUAAAGCAUGUCUUGGACAGUGAGAUGGUUGAGCCAGUGAUCUCUCAGUUAGUGACGGUGUUGCUCCGGGGCUGCCAGGACGUCAAUCCUGAAGCCAGGCUUUUGUGUGGGGAAUGCCUGGGGGAGCUGGGAGCCAUUGAUCCCGGUCGACUUGAUUUGUCACCCGCUGACACUCAGGGAACUGGCUCGACAUUUGUGAGUGGGAUCGAUGAUCCAAACUUUGCCUAUGAACUACUGACAGAGCUGACCAGAGCCUUUCUAGCCUAUGCAGAUGAUGUGAGAGCUCAAGAUGCUGCGGCGUACGCCAUGCAGGAACUGCUGUCAUUAUUUGAAUGUCGGGAGGGCAGGACUGACUCACCAGGUCGCCGUCUAUGGAGAAGAUUCCCAGAGCAGGUUCAGGAAAUCCUGGAGCCGCAUCUCAAUACCAGGUAUAAGAGCUCUCAGAAGGUGGUGAACUGGUCUAAGUUGAAAAAGCCUAUAUAUCUUACCAGCCGUGGAAGCAAAUUCUCUGACUGGUCUGCAACAUGGGCAGCAUAUCUCAUCAGUAAAGUUAGACAUGAGCUUGCUGGAAAAGUGUUCAACUGCUGUAGUUUCAUCAUAAAGCAUGAUUACAAAGUGACCAUCUACCUGCUGCCCCACAUUUUGGUCUAUGUGCUGAUUGGAUGCACUCAGGAGGAGCAGCAAGAGGUGAAUGAAGAGAUGAUGGCAGUCCUGAAGGAGGGUGACCCGCGGUUAGUGCGGCUGCAGGAGAACGCCUCCAGUCUGAGUCAGCUCAGCACGCAAACCGUCUUCUCCAUGCUGGACCACCUCACUCAGUGGUCCCGCCACAAGCUGCAGAGUCUGAGUACCAACAAGAGGCCAGGCAAACAUGCCAGAGAGCAGCCGCAGGCACAGGCCACAGGCCCAGAGAACAGUGAAUAUCAAAGUGUUGUAGCCUUCCUUAACCGUAUUCCUCAGGAUGUGCUGGCCAAGGCAUCCUUCCGCUCCAGAGCCUACACACGUGCUGUCAUGCACUUUGAGUCUUUUAUCCGUGAGAAGAAGCAGAACAUUCAGGACCAUCUUUCAUUCCUCCAGACUAUGUAUGCGGCCAUGCAUGAGCCAGAUGGCGUGAGGGGAGUGAAUGAUCUGAGAAAAGAGGAGCCGUCAUUGAGAGAGCAGAUCCUGGAGCAUGAGAGCAUUGGACUACUGCGUGAAUCCACUGCCUGCUACGACAGAGCCAUCCAACUCGAGCCAGACCAGAUUGUCCAUUAUCAUGGUGUUAUGAACUCUAUGUUGGGUCUUGGUCAGCUCUCUACAGUAAUAACUCAGGUCAAUGGAGUUCUGGCAAGCAGGCCACGAUGGAAAUCCGAUCUGAAUGCGUACCGGGUCGAGGCAGCAUGGAAGCUGUCAAAAUGGGACUUAGUUGAGGACUAUAUUGCCUCUGAUUGUAAGUCCAGCACAUGGGGUGUCAGACUUGGCCAAAUGUUGCUGGCUGCCAAGAAGCAAGAUUCCGAGUCUUGUUCUUCAUGUGAGGAGCAGGUUGGUGAGUGCUGGCUGCAGAGCGCUCGUGUGGCCAGAAGAGCUGGCCAUCACCAAACAGCUUUCAAUGCCCUGCUCAAUGCUGAGAACUCCCUCUCUGAGCUCUUCAUCGAGAAAGCCAAAUGGCUCUGGUCUAAGGGUGAUGUGCAUCAGGCUCUGAUAGUCCUGCAGAAAGGUGUGCAGCAGUGUUUUCCUGAUGAACAGCCACUCACCGACCCAAAGAGAAUCCAGAUAAAAGGGAACGCCAUGCUGCUGGUGGGCAGAUACAUGGAGGAGACGGCCAACUUUGAGAGCAAUGCUAUUAUGAAAACCUAUAAGGAUGUCACACAUCUGUUACCAGAAUGGGAGGAUGGUAACUUUUACCUGGCCAAAUACUAUGACAAAGUGAUGCCCAUGGUCACUGACAACAAACUGGAAAGACAAGGCAACCUCAUCCGUUAUAUUGUCACUUAUUUUGGAAAAGCCCUGCAGUUUGGCAAUCAGUACAUCUAUCAAGCCAUGCCCAGAAUGCUAACCUUAUGGCUGGACUUCGGAGCCAAAGUUUAUGAGUUUGAAAAAGCUGGCCGCUCUGACCGAGCCCAGAUGCGUGCUGAACUCACUAAGAUCAAUUCCGUCAUCAGCGAACACACCAGCAACCUCUCGCCCUAUCAGUUCCUCACAGCCUUUUCACAGCUCAUCUCCCGAAUCUGCCACUCCAACAAUGAAGUCUUUGCUGUGCUGAUGGAGAUUGUGGCCAAAGUUUUCUUAGCUUACCCACAACAAGCUAUGUGGAUGAUGACUGCUGUGUCAAAGUCCUCCUAUCCGACACGAAUGAACAGAUGUAAGGAGAUCCUGAAGAAGGCCGUCAGUCUAAAUGAGUCAUUUGGGAAAUUUAUCGGAGAUGCCAACAGACUGACUGACAAGCUGGUGGAGCUCGGCAAUAAACCAGUGGAUGGGAACAGCAGCACCCUCAUCAUGAGCGUACACUUCAAAAUGCUGAAGAAACUGGUGGAAGAGCCUACCUUCAGUCAGAUCCUGAUCCCCCUGCAGUCUGUCCUUAUACCCACCCUGCCUUCCACUGGAGGAGCCAACCCCAAACACGAUGCCUUUCCAGGACACUGGGUCUACCUCGGUGGCUUUGAUGACACAGUGGAGAUCUUGGCAUCCUUGCAGAAGCCUAAAAAGAUCUCGCUCAAGGGCUCUGAUGGAAAGUUCUACACCAUGAUGUGCAAACCUAAAGAUGACCUGAGGAAAGAUUGCAGGCUGAUGGAGUUCAACUGUCUCAUUAAUAAGUCUUUGAGGAAAGAUGCGGAGUCUAGACGGAGGGAUUUGCACAUUCGGACAUACGCAGUCAUCCCUCUAAAUGAAGAGUGCGGCAUAAUAGAGUGGGUCAACAACACGGCGGGUGUACGCCACAUCCUCACAAAGCUGUAUAAAGAGAAAGGGAUCUAUGUCAGUGGGACAGAGCUGCGAAAGCUGAUUUUGCCAAAAACGGCAUCUUUUCAGGAGAAGCUAAAGCUGCACAAAGAUGUGCUGUGUGCCAGACACCCACCAGUUUUUCAUGAGUGGUUCCUACGGACGUUUCCUGAUCCCACCUCUUGGUACAACAGCAGGUCUGCUUACUGUCGCUCUACUGCAGUCAUGUCUAUGGUGGGGUAUAUUCUUGGACUUGGCGAUCGCCAUGGAGAGAACAUUUUGUUUGACUCCCUAACUGGCGAGUGUGUCCAUGUGGAUUUCAACUGCCUCUUCAACAAGGGGGAGACAUUUGAUGUUCCUGAGGUGGUUCCCUUCCGGCUCACUCAGAACAUGGUUCAUGCGAUGGGGCCGAUGGGCACAGAGGGCCUGUUCAGACAGGCCUGUGAAGUCACACUCAGACUUAUGAGGGACCAGAGAGAGCCACUCAUGAGUGUUUUAAAAACAUUCCUGCAUGAUCCUUUGGUAGAAUGGAGUAAACCUGUCAAGGGUUCAUCUAAGACACAAGUCAAUGAAUCUGGAGAGAUCCUCAAUGAGAAGGCUAAGACUCAUGUUCUGGACAUAGACCAGCGUCUUCAGGGAGUGAUCAAGAACAGGAAUAAAGUGAUGGGCCUGCCUCUGUCUAUUGAGGGCCAUGCACACUAUCUCAUUCAAGAAGCCACGGAUGAUAACCUCCUGUGCCUUAUGUACCUUGGAUGGGGUCCUUAUCUGUGAUCAACAUUUGCACUUCAGAGUUGGAGAACAUAAUAUUUCUGUUUAGUUCUGAACUUUUUUUCCCUAAAAAUUGUUGUCUCUUGUGUUCAGUGUUUCUCAGAAGUUUAAUAAAAUU